UUUGAAUUAUCAAAAUAUUAGCGCGUUAAUAAAAAUAAUUCCGCGAGAGGCGCGUCGGUUUAACUCAUAACCAGAACGCAGGGGCGUUUUCAAAAAUUUACAAAGAAACAGCUCUAGACAAAAAAGUAAAAAGUAACAUAAAUAUUAGGCUUCAAUUUUACUAAUAUGAAGGGAUUGCCAUAAUUAUCAGGACUGAAUAAAGAAAAAAAAAAAAAAAAGGACAACAAUAUCCAGCAAAUGGAAUUCUCUUGGUAACCAGCUAUAAUAUUAUAGAAUCAGAACAAGAAUAUAAUCGACUUCGGGUUUUUUCGGCUCCUAUUCUCAGUCUGUGGUAAAACAUUCGGAUUUAAUUUAAUGCUAGUAUACCUUGAUCGGGAUCUAACGGUUCCGAAUAUUAUUAAUCUACAUAUUUCUCUAUCCCGUGUAUUUUUAGCAAGUGUUUUAGAUUCAAGUUGUCAAAAAUUUUUUACGUCAGUGGAUAUUGUAUGAUUGUGUUUGAAUUUAAAUCACUAUAUAUCAUACAGGUAAAUAUAAUACAGCUGCCCCAAGAGCCCCAAGAGUAUAGAAAUGGCAGUUGAAGUCGGAGUGUCAGUUGAUGAUGAUAAUCCUAAAACACGAUUCGUAAGAUAUCUUUAUAUCGGUAAAGAAUAUCCAGUUUAUUAUUCAGGAACAUGGUCAAGCCAAAAUCAUUUUACAGUGGACAAAGUAACAUCUGUUGUCGAAUUAGCUGCGGACAAAGAUACUGAACUAUAUCCUAUUACCAAAAUAAAACAGUUAUUGGAAUCAGGAUUAGUACCUAAAUCGGAAACUUUAAUGUUUGCUUUAGCUGUGUGUGCACGACAAGAAAAAAGUGAAAAAUUACGACAAGCGGCAUAUAAUUUUAUAGCAGAAGAAUGCAAAAAUCCAGAACAAUUUAUGUUAUUUAUUGAAUAUGCAUCUCAAUUAAGUAAACAAUUAUCAAUUCCUAAACAUGGUUACGGUCAUGGUUGGCGUAAUGCGGUAAAUAAAUGGUACCUAUCUCAUGAUGCUAAAAAUUUGGCUGAAUGUGUAACAAAAUACAAAAGUAGACACGGUUGGAAACACAAAGAUAUUAUAAAACUCUCACAUCCAGUUACUAAAGUCCUUGGGUCAGAUAUUCAGGCUGUUUUUAAAUAUAUUAUGUUCGGGUUGGAAAAAGCUAAAUCAGAGUUUGCUAAUGAACCAAAAGCGACAGAAGUUUUACAUUUUAUUGAACGAAUAGAUAAUUUUCGUCAGUGUCAAGAUCCUGUAGAAGCUGCAGGAUUAAUAAGAACAUAUAACUAUAAAUUAGAACAUGUUCAAGCUAGUUUAAUUAAAUCAUCAGAAGUGUGGGAAGCUUUGAUUGAAUCGAUGGAUUUGCCUAAUAUUGUUAAAAAUAUUCAAAGGAUUCAUAAUCUUGGUUUACUUACACCUACAUCUCAAUUAACUGAAAAAGUCCUAAGUGCCAUCACAAAUAAAGAUCAAAUAUUGAGAUCUAAAAUUCGUCCUGCAGUUAUUCUUAUGGCUGUUAAAACUUAUGAGGAUCCAGAUAAAAUUCCAGUAUUUACAAAAAGAAAAUUAGCAAGAAAAAAUAAACUUAGAAAUCGACAAUUACCUAAUCCAGAUAAACGUAUUGUUGAUGCUUUAUAUUCAGCGUUAAAUAUUUCAUUUUCAACUAUUGAACCUACGGGACUAAGAUUUUUAAUAACUGUAAGCACUGAAAGCUGGAAAAAAAAACAAAUUACUCAAGUAUCUGUUGAUACUUUCAAACCCUGGGUACUUGAAGCUGCUUGUAUUGUUGCACUCGGUUUAUUACGAUCUGAAGAUAAAGUUACUGUAUCUGCUUUUACUGCCACUGAAGGUUUGAAUGCACGUCCAGUUCAUAUUGACAAAAAUUCAACUUAUCAAGAAGCUUAUGAAAAAAUGCGUGUACGGUCUAAUGUACCACCAAAUCUUGGUAAACCAAUUCUUUGGGCAGCACAUCACAGAAGAAAGUAUGAUGUCUUUAUCAAUGUUGUCGAUAAAAUGCGUGAAAAAUAUGAUUUUACUUCUCGUGCUAUGGAUCUUUAUAAAAAGAAAAUGAAUUUACCAAAUACAAGAUUGGUAAAUUGGGUUGUCGGUACUACAUCAACAUAUAUGGAAGGUAAAUAUGUUAAUGAUGUAUUAACAGUUUGUGGUUUUGAUAUUGAUGUUCCAAAAGUCAUCGAAGCUUUUGCAAAACGUCAAUUUUAAUUAAAGAUCAACGAAAAAAACCGAAAACAAUUAAAAGAACAAACGAAAAAAAAUUGUAAGUCAUAACUUAAAAUAAUCAUAAACGGCGAUAAAAAUUAAAAUUUAAUAAUGCGAUAAAAUUCAACCGUACUAUAUAUUUAUAAGAUUUAUUUAUGUUUCAAAUUUUUUUAAAAUACACAUUUUUAACGUUUUUAUUUAAACAAUGACGAAUUUAAAAUUUAAAAAAUUAAUAAAUAAUUCUAAGAAGUAUAUAAUUUACUAACUAGAUAACGAUAUAUUAUCUAACUGUUAUAUUAACCGUAUGUUUUUUAAAAUAUGCUGCACAAAAGUCGAACAAUUUUUAGUAUGAAAAUUAAUUAAAUAACUUUUUUCAACGGCUAUCGGUAAUGAGCAUUUAAAUUAUUAAACAAAGAAAAAGACAAAUUUUUUAUUUUAAUUUUUCUUUAAUGUAGACAAUAUUUGUCAUAAAAAAAUAUGUAUCGGAACAAAAUGAUUUAAAUGUGCGGCAUAUAAUUAUUUUAGAUACUAAUGUUAAGGCUACACAUUCAUAACAUAAAUAACAAGGUGCAUGAUUAGCAUGUCUAACAUAGAAUAAGUUAAUAUAAAAAAAAAAACAAAAAAGAAAAAAAAAAUGCGCUUAAUUUAUUUGUUUUACUGAAGCAUUAAAAAUCGAUUAUGACAAAUCUCUAAAACUACCGAGAUACUAAAGUCCAGCGAUAGAGAAAAAACAAAACGGAUAAUAGAACAAAAAAUAAAAGUUUAGGUUUAGAUAUUAAAAAAAUAAAUGGAAAAUAAUUCGCUUAGUUGGGUAUGUCUCUGAACGGUAUUUAAUAAUUUAGGAAAAAAACAAGUACUGUCAAACGUCGAGAAACAAAUAGUAAAAAAUAAUAUAUCUAUAUAUAUAAAAAAAAAAAGAAAAAAUAAAAUUUCUUCUACUGUGAUACGCAUUUAGCCCCAAAGAGUUAUAGACUUACAUGAGUUUUAUUUAAUUGUUAUAUGUCUUGAUAAAUGCCAUAUUCAAAUUAAAAUGAAAGCAAAAAAUCUUUAGUACUCAUAAUAAGAUUUAAACAACUGUGAUAUGACAGUCGAUGUUUGUUUAUAAUAAAAUAAAAAUAAAUAGUGAGAAAAUAAAUUAAAUCAGAGACAUGCCGAUAAAAAUACUGUUAUUUAACACAAUUAUUAUUCUGGAUUUAUAAUAGAUAAAUUAUAAAAAAUAAAUACCGGCGAUACUUAAGUACGUAUUUCUAUAUAAAAUUUUAUUAAUUUUAAAAAUUUUUUAAAGUUUUAUUUUAUUCAAUAAUUAAGACAACAAAAAAAUACAAUAUUUGUAGAACCGGAAUCUUGUUACGCGUUUCGCUUGUUGUUUUAUUCAAAUUAAUGAAAUCGCGAUAAAUCUAAAAAAUUAUAUAUUAUAUAUAUAUAUAUAUAUAUUAAUAAAUAAUUCAUAUACUGUAACGUAUAUAUAUAUACUAGUUAAAUUAUAAAGGAGGAUUGACCGAUUAAAAAAAAAAUGAUUUUUUUUUUUCACUGAAUUAUUUAAUCUCUUGGUCAUGUCCUGAAGUGAUUUGAAUGAUUAGAAAAAAAUACUGAUAAUUUUUACGAAUUUACAAACGAAAAAUAAAGAGGCAUUAAAAAUUAAAUUUAAAUAAUUCAUCUGAUGUGUUCAACUACUGGUUAGAAGCAAUAUGCAAAAUAAAAAUGAAAUACUAUCUAUUGACUAUCAGUUUGUCAUGUUUAAGUAAAUAAAAUUUUUUUAAAAAUGAUGAUCAUUUGAAAAAACUAAAAUAAUUAAAUAUAAAAUUGUUUUUUUGGCUGCUGAUAUUUUUAAAAAUCACCAUAAAAUAAUAAACGGCGUCCUAAUUAAGAAAUUAAUAAUAUUUACAUAUAUAAUAUAGUAAUCGAAAAAAACUGUAUUUAUUCGUUUGAUAUAUUAUUAUAGGUGAUUAAUAUUUAAGUACGCUAACCAAUUUAAUUAAUUUAAGUAAAUGAAUGUAGAGGUGAAUCACAUAACAUUUUUUAAGAGCAUGUUUGCAUAACAAAAAAAAAAAAAGAAAAAAUUUAUAAAAAUGAAUCGUCUUAAAAACAAAAUAAAAUAAAUAACUCAAUUAAAGUUGAAAUAAAAAUUAAAUGUAAUCAAAGUCUUAAAAUGGUGACACAAAUGCAGUAACUUUUGAUGGAUUAAAUCAUUGAUUAUAAAAAUUUCGAUAGCGGAAGAAAAAAUAAAAUUUUUCACUUAUGGCCUCAAUUUUUACACAAAAAUAAUGAAUUUAAUAGCAAGUAAACAAAAAUUUUAAAAAUUAUAUUUGAUAAAAAAAAAUAUUUCCCAAAAACCUAAGGAUUAAUCAAAAAAAGUACAGGUAUCAAUUUAAUUUGAAUUAAUUGAAAUAUGAUUUGAUCUUUACUAUCUGCAUAUAUAUAUAAAUAUCCUUCUUAGAUUUUAAAAAUUAAUUUAUCUGUACUAAAAUAUAUAUUCAUUUACCUGAAUAAAAUAAAAAAUUGAGUUAUGUUCAGUUAUAAAGAUAAAAAGAUUUAGCUUAAAAAGAAAAAAGGGAAAAUCAAAUAAAUUAAUUGUGAUGUUAUUUUUUAUACCGAAAACUGAUUUAUACUCAUGUGUGUACUAAUUAAAACAAAGUAUUAGAUCUACAUACUGAAAAUCUGUUGGUGCUCUUUUUAAAACGAACUUAAAAAUUAAUAAAAUAUAAACAUGGCGAUAAAAUAAUUUUAAGAUGAAAAAAACCAAUCUGGAUUUUUUUUGGCUCCGUGGAUUUUUUAUUUUUCUAUUUUUAACUAGAUGUUAUUUUAUUGGUCUAUUAUUAUUAUUAUUAUUGAUAUUAAUGUUAAAUUUGAUGUCUCUUAUUGUUAACAAACUAUUUUGUUCUUUUAGUCUCAUUCCGUAAUUAUUGAUAAAUAAUUGAUUAUACUUUCCACCAUACCUGCACCGGAAAUUUUUAAUUUCUACCCUGUUUAUAGGAAAGAAAGUCGUUCCUUUUUUUUAAUGAGAAAACAAAAAUGAUAGCAAUUAGCGCAUACGUUAUUAUUUCUACAAACAGAGGCAGAAAUUUAAACUUUCAGGUGCAGAUCUGGUGAAAAAUUUUAUAGACACCAAGAGAGGAAAAUAAGGCGUCCCAACCCGCGUCUUUGCCACGGGCAAUCAUGCUCGCGGGUUAGAAUGUCCCAUUAUCCUCCCUAGGUGUAUAAUAUACCAAUAUAUCUCAAUUAAAAAAAAAAGGCAUUAUAAGAAUAAUUUGUUAUUUUAUUACUUUCUGUGUUGAAUUAUUUUUACUAGUUAUCAAGAAAAAAAAUAUAUGAUUGUCAAUUUAUACACAACUAUUAGUUAAAAUUUGUUCAAUUUAAAAAAAAAAAUGUAUUAUUUGUCAUAAAUAAUUUGGUACUAAAAAUUAAAUAAAAAAAGAUAAAAAAGAAUUUUUUGAAAAAAAUGAUUUAUUUAAUUUAUUUUAAUAUUGAUACAUGCCAUACAUGUUUCAUUCAUUCGAACAUACAGUUAACAUUAAUAUUGUAUUUAAUUAUUAUCUUUCACGCUUUGCAACAUUUUACGAGCGAGAAAAAUCACACGCGGCUUUAAUUUCAUUUAUACUUAAUUACAUACAAUAUAAUUAAUCAUACAAAAACAAAAAUUAUGUCCAUUUAUUAAUAAAUUAAAAAAACCCAAUGAGAAUUUAAAAAAAAAACCUCAUCAGUAUAAAAUUUAUAGAAUAAAA